CUUCUCAGUAGCCCACACCUCGUUUUUGACGAUGUGCUAGUCCCUGGUAGCACCACAGGUGGACUUUUUCGCUCGAGAGAAAGGCGGCGGACCAAGUGUGUGUCUUCAGAUUCUUUUCUGAGACUGCAGAACUGGCGACACAGACAGUGCCCACGGGGGAAACCGGUCCUGUUGAAUGCGCAUAUACCGCGAGAAAAGCCGCUAGGCCCGUGUCCACUUUUAAAAUGCCAAGAAUAGCGAAGAAAAAAGGCUCGCAAGACGUAUUCAGUGGACGUUCUGUUAUGUCUACCCGCUUGUGUGCUUGUUAUCCUGCUCUGUUCCAAGCACCUCUCUGGCGCUACACCCUCCUCCGAGUGUCUCGACACCCCAGUCACUCGUUUUCCCUCUGAAACCGGCAGGGUGUGUCAUUUCUUUGCUUCUACGUUUCUCUUGGGGACCUUUGCCCUCUUAAGCAAUCGCAUCUCCGGUGUAUCUUUCAUUGUCUCCACUUUCGAGCUCCUGGACCACAGCGGAGUCAGCUGCCUCUUCCGUGUCCGGUUAGCAGCUGAUGCAGGUUCGGUUCCCAUAGCCUUUUCCAUGUGUAACCUGUAAGGCCAGGAAGCAACCUUUUUGUGCUGCUUCGCAGUUUUUGUUUUCGCGUCGGGACGACACAUCGUCCCUCGUGUUUGCGAGGAGGUGAUCACAUGCGGACCUCACAGUCGGUUUUCUGGGUUCUCUCCGCGUUUCCCGCCGCGACAUCGGCGUCAUUCCCGAACAAACUCGUCUCGUUUCGUAGUUUGUGCGCCUUGCAGAAGAGCUCGGCUGCACUCGGCGUGCGAGGGCGUCGCGUUUUUGAUUUCACGCGCCUUUUUUCCCGCCUCCUGACUCUGCGCGGCGAUUUCACCAACGUGACUUAUGGAGUCUUCUGUUGCCGUGGAAGGCGCGGGAGGGCCGUCCACCUAUUUCAAGGGUUCGAGUGCCGCGUUGUCUCGUCUGGUUUCGACUGAGACGACAGCCAGCGACUUCUGUCGCUCCCAGUUACCGACAUCUCGCCCUCCAACGGAUCCUCCCGUUUCUCCCACCGCUGAGGCGACGGACGCGUUCUCUCGGGUCUCGACUUCCUCCAGGCCCCUAAUAACUGGAAGAGUCUCCACGAUGCGAGCGGCCUCGCUGUCGCGGUCGACCGCCCUGAGUGCUUCUCUCAGGCCGCGUCCUCCGUACGACGAACGGUCCUCUUCUUUCCACUCGGAGUGUCAAGCUGGCGAAGAAGGGGGACCUGGGGCCUCGAGGCGCAUGCACAGAUCCCUGGCGGGGAGCGCGGAGUCGCGAGCGGAGCGCGAAGGCUCGUCUUUUCGCCUGGACACAGAGAAGCCUUUCUCACGAGAUGGCAACAUCCCGAGUUAUGCGCCCUCGAUGAGUGAUUCUCUCAAAGGAGGUGCUUCCGGGUUGUCGUCCCCCCUCCUCCAGCGCUCCAGAAGUGACAGACGGACCGGCUUGCGAGGCGAGAGCAGAACCUGCGAUUCAGAGGCUGCCUCGGCGGAAAGCAGAUUCUUCUCGAGUAGUCGGUACGACCCCGAGAGGACAGACAGAGCGCGAGACGCCGAUCUGUUUGAACGAGGGUCUCAACUGGACUCGAUCCCUUUGUCGAACCGCCGCCCAGGCACCGACCCAGUUUCUUCGGAGCACCUCCGCGAGAGCAGGCGCACGGUUACCGCCGCCGUUUCUGACUUUCUCGAGGACUCUCGCCGCGGUGUCUAUAAGGACGACCAAAUGUGGGGGUUUGAACAGGCGAGUUUCGCCGAAGAUAAGCCGGGUCUCGCUGCCUCCGCAUCUGUGAGGCAGGAAAAACUCGAUCCGUAUUUGAGCCGCUCGUCGCAAGGCUCCAGUCAGGGAAGUGGAGAGCCUGUAUCCCGGAACCUCCGCGUGUCGGGAGAGAAGCAAUCCUCCUCCACGAGGGCGAUGGCGAGUCGCCAUGAAACCUCUGUCUUGACGUCCAACUCCGAUCGCAGGGAAGAACGCGUCGCGUACUUAUCCUGCGCAGACGAGGAAGACCUCGCGUCUCGGCGAGAGUCGGAGGGAAACGUCCAGGUCUCCAGGGAGUCUCGACACGCUGUCCCUUCCUCACAGCGACUCGAGCCCAUUGAACGGAUCCACCGAAAGGGAGGGGCGGCUUUAAGAGAGUCCCUCGGGUCCCGUUUCGACCCCAAAGAUAUCACAGGGCGUUUUCUGGACUCUUCCUCCAGCGAGGUGCCUGCGUCUGCGCGGACACAGGCUUUGGGGACAGACCUGCAUUCGCGUCCACGCGGGCUAGGCUCCGAGAUGUCUUCUUCGCGCGUCGCCUUCUACGAUAGUGGAAGAGAAGCUGGAGGCUUGUCCUCUCAGCGCGCAGAUGGUCGACGGACAGGAGAAGAGAGCAGAGAAGGCGAGGACGGAAGAACGGGGAGAAAAGAAGACGCCGUGGAAACGCGCUGGGGAAGCAGUCUUGGUCUCUCUGGAGAGUCCUCGGGAAACACAAGCCUUCGGAGGAAGCAAGCCGAAGGAGUGAAUGAGACACGAAGCCAAGCGACUGAGCCAAACGGAGAGGCCUCUUUGUUCUCGCCCUUUGGCUCCGGACGCAUGCAGUCCAGCGAAGUUCCUCGCCGCGGAGAGAAACAGAGACACUUCUCAAGUUUGGAGAUCAGCUCCGCUCGUCAGGAACGCGAACCGAUGGCUCAUACCUCCGUGCUCGCUUCCCGUCCGUCCUUCCUGCCGCCCUCCUUUUCGUUGGGGGCCAGUGAGACGUCGACCGAUAGAGUCCUGGGAGGCUCGACGCGACCCCCUUGCCUUGAAGAGGGGAAACCUCUCAGGUCGGAGCUCCUCGCUGCGGAGCUUGGCGAGGGAGGAACAGAGCGGAGCACGAGUCUCUUGCACUCCGCUGCCUCGCCUUCCUCGGUUUCGAGGAGACCCAGGCUCCUCACUGCCGUGGACUCCCCUCCUCGAGAGCGAGAAGAUCACGUCGUUCCCAGAGAGACAAAGACGCGUCUCGGAGACGAGUCUGGAGAGACCAGACAUGCUCUGAAUAGGCCGGCAGGUUUGCAUGGGUCAACAGGUUUUGGGGUCGAGGCCUCCGCGGACCUCAGAGGCGAGAGCGGAGGGAGGUCGAGCGACGGAAGCCGCAUCCGAAGCAGCAGCAGCUCUGCAGUCUCGCAUCUCUCUCAGGUGUCUCUGCCGCCUUUGCCGCGGGGCCGAGCGGGGGACGAGGCCCUUUCGCGGGAGGAAGAAAGUGGAGGAAGAAGCGGGCGACAGAAGCGAGAUCGAGAGGCGACACUCUUGCAUGCGUCCUCAAUUUUCAGGAGCACGGUCCCUCUCCGUCCCUCGGUGAGGUCUUUUUCGCAGCCAGCCGCGAGUGCAGGCUCGGAUGUCGUCUCUCCUCGCUCUCGCCACGCAAGAGACUUUGACAGUCUCUCCAGAGUUGCUAAGACGCCACAGACAGAAGUUGGUGGGGAGUCCUUUCGGCUGUACGGGAAGAAUCCCUCCAGCGCUCCUUCUGCACUCGGCGCCAAGGAGACGUUCCUAAACUCGCGCGGAGACGACACAGAAGAGACGAACGGAGACAAAGACGCAAAGCGAGGUGCCACGGUCCCUGCAGUGAACGGCGGGGAGUUGGGGGCGCUCCCUCGUGUUCCAGCUGCCGGGGCCGAGGGCCUACGCGGUCUCUCCUCUCGGAUGUCUAGAGAGGUCUCUUCUGCCUAUCAGCCGCCGCAGCCGCCUUCAGCCGAAGAAUGCGGCGCUUCUCUCCAGGUUUCGCUAGACCGCGAACAGUUGGGCGGCAACAGUGGGAGAAGCACUCGCAGCAACUCGCUGGUGUCGAGAAUCGAAACUGGUUUAUCCAUGCCUCGCUCUGCCUCAGGGACAACGCAUGCGUCGCUUCUGGCGUCCAACGCUGGAAAUGCGAAAUCCGACACACUUGGAAAAGGACCCACUGAAUGCGUCUGUCAGGCGAGCCGGUACAUGACUCGUCAGAAGGUGCAUUACGAGCAGCAGAUGAAGCGCGUGGAGGAGGAACGCGAACAGCAACGGCAGAGACGACGAAUUCUCGCCGAGCAAGAGGCGCAAGUUGCGUUGCUGCAGAGCCAAGUGCAGAGACAGCGGGAGGGUGUAGUGGAGGAGGAGAAGCAGCUGCGAGAGAUGCGAGCACAGCUGACGGCGGAGCGAGAAGCGAUGGAGACCAGGUGGCAACAACUCGAGAAGCAGCACCAAGAACUCGCGGAGAAGAAGGAAAAGUGGAGGAAAACUGCGCAACAUAAACGCGACGAACUCCAGGCGUUCAGUCACCGCAUCCGCGCCGACAAAAAGGAACUCGAUGAAAAGAAAAAAGAGGUUGCCAGGGACACCACAAGUCUCAAAGACAAAGUCGAAAGUGUGGAGAAAGAACAAGACCGUCUCAACCGGGAGAGGGUGGAACUCGAAGAAGUGCGUUUUGCUCUGGAUCGGGAGAAGGCGGAACUGGAUGCGCGGAUUUCCGCCACUGAGGACGAGAGACACCGGCUGAAGAAGAAAGAAGAAGAGUUGAUUCGGCGCGAGACAAAAGCGCAGAGCAAAGAAGAUGAGCUGAGGCGAGAGCAGCUGGAAGUGGAGAAGCGGACGCAGGCCGUGUCUCUGAAGGCGGAGGAAGAAGAGCAGAAGGAACUGGAUCGUGUGUCUCUGUGGAGACAGAAGAACGAAGAGCUCGAUCGGCGCGCGCGCCUCGUCCACGAACAGGAGACAGAUCUGGAUGCGCGAACUCAUGCGCUUCGCAUGCAGGAGACCGAGCGCAAGCGGGAGGACGAGAGAGAGAAGAAGAAGCUGCAGCAGAUGCAGGAGACCUUUCUGGAAGACAAGAAAAGCUUCGCGCGCGAGAAGGGCCGCGUGGAGGCGCAGCUCGACGAAGAGAAGAAGCGCCUCGUGGAGGAGAAGAAGACUCUGGAGGAGGCGCGAGGCAAGUGGGAGGAAGAGAGGCGGCGGGAGCAUGCAGAGUUUGAGAGAAAGAAGAAGGUAUGGGAGGAGGAACGAAGUGCGAGAGUCGCCGAGCUCGCGGCAAAGGAGGAAGCGGUUCGCGAGAAAGAGAAGCUUCUCGAGGAAGAGGAGAAUCGGAGACGCGAAGAGAUGAAGAAACUGACUCAAGAACUGCGGGACGAGAAGGAGCAGAUUGCGCGACAGUUGGACGCAGACCGGGAGGACAUGCGCGCGAGGCUUGGGGCAGAGCGAGAGAAACUCCACGAAGAACGACUCCGAGGAGAAGAGGAACUGCAGAAAGAGAGAGAAAGACUCGAAACUCAGAUGGAGCACCUCAAGGAGAAGGAGAGGGAGCUCGAAGGGGCGCAGAACCGGUGGAAAGAAGAGCAGGCGACUGUCGAGUCGCGUUUGCGAGAAGCAGAAGAGAAAGUUUUGCGAGACCGCGAGGUCCUGGCCCAGGAGCGAGAGGCGUUCGAAGAAGAAGUGAGGAGGGAGAGAGAACAGUUCCACGAAGAGCAGGAGGCGGUGCUCGCGGAGUUUCGCGCGCAACGACAGAUGGCGGAGCGAGAGUUGGCUGAGCAAAAGGAGCAGCAAGAGGAGAUGCUCGAGGAAGAGCGACAGCGCCUUCUGCAGGCCGAAGAGCGGCAGCAAGAGACGUACGCCGAGCAGAUGAACCAGCUGCGGAACCUCGAAGAACAACUGCAUCAGCAGAAGCUGCACCACCAGCAAGACGUGUCUCGACACCUCGAGCGGGAAGAGGCGCUGUUUGAGCGGGAACGCCGCCUGCGCGAGGAGGACCAGAGCGUCCAAGACGAGAAGCAGAAGCUGAGCAAGGAGAAGCAGGCGGUCGGCCAGCAGUGGAGGCAGCUGGAGGAGACGCAGAGCCAGCAGAAGCAAGAAGAAGCAUCGCUGAAGAAGGAGCGAGAGGCGCUCGAGGACAAGACGCGAGACCUGCGAGACCAGGUGCAGCGUGUGGCGGAGGUCGACGAGAAGCUGGCGCGCCUCCGUGAGGCAGAAGACGCCCUGGAAAUCGAGCGGGCAGCUCUGGAGGCGGAGAAGGAAAGUUUCAGGAGAGAAAAGGAACUGAUCGAUGCCCAGGUCGGUGCGUGGCGCAGAAAACUCAGCCAGAGAGAGCAAGAGGUGGGCCGGAGAGAGCGCGCUGCUUCGACGCGUCUUCGCGACAUCGAGACUCAGGAAAAAGUACACAGAGUCCGCAUGGAGGAGGACGGCAAUGUCGUGAACCGAGGUGUGAAGCAGACCGCCAGUGGAGCUUUGACUAUCCGCAGAGGUCCUUCUCUCGCGAGUGGCAGAGCCCCGAGUGUGUCUCGACAACCGCUGGCGCGGGAGAGGGGUGGAGACACGGUGACGCGCGAGGAGGCGGCAAAGGAGAGAGAAGAAAAGAAGCCGGGGACGAACGCGCGAACCAGGUGUCUCUCCACAGAGAGAAGGAGAGAGCAAAAAGGAAACGUCUCAGCGGGGGGACCGAAGGUGUCGGCAGGUCGCCGCACUGUGACGCCUGCAGAGGAUCACGGCCGAGGCAGAAGCGCGACGAAGCGGGGACAAGACGCGGGAGGAAGAGAGGGAGAAGAAGGGGAGACCAAGUCGGCGAACGGAGAUGGCGGACGAAACCGCAAACGGCCGGGGGCAGCUGUUCGCGAGUCUUCGUCUGGAGACCAACACACCACAGGCGGAAAGAACGGCAAAGAGUUCGGAAAACGCAACGGAGUCGACAGAGUCUCUGGGCUUCUGCCAGCUCUCAGAGGCCAAAAGAGUGUGGCAGCUGUCUCCUCAACGAGGGCCUCAUCGGUGGCGUGUGAUGGAGACGAACAUGAGACCGAAACAGAGCGGUCGAUCCAGGGCACAACGAAGUCACCCACGCAGGCUCUGCUUUCCAGCCCCGACCGCAGUGAUCUUCCUCCCCAGAAGAGUGCCCCUUUUUCUCUCUCCGGCUCUCCGCAGGUUUCUCUUGCAACGAAAGGACUGACGGAACACACCAGGGGCGCUUCAGACAGAGCGGAAGAGGGUGAAGAAGAAGCGGAAAGGAAAGACAGAAACAGGGGGAGGCUGUUGCACAGCUCCCGUACCACAGCAGAAGCCAAGCCGAGCUCUCAGUUGCACCGCACGCCUUUCUUGGACGAAGAAGAAAGUGUCUCUUCGGUGUCGGCCGGGAGAACGCGGGCUGGCGAAAGCGUCCCGGAGGCGACAGAGCGGGGGAGAAGAAAGGAACAAAGAGAGCAGGGAGACUCAGAGCGCAAGACGGAGUCUGGCUCAAGUCGCGGAGUCGUGGACGGCAGCGGGAGUGCCCGCGUGUGGGAGAAUCGUGAAAGGAGAUCACGACUGGAGAGCGAAGAAAGGCAAGAGGACAGAAGGCGAGAGACCGGCGAGGACGAGGUCGUUUUCCAGAAUAUCUUCGAGCCCGGCAACUCGAGCACUUUCGCACGUGAAACCUUCCCGCGUAUCUCGCACUUGGCGGCAAGUCGACAGAGUUGCAGUUCGAGUGGUUUGUCUCAUCCUCUCCCGGCUUCCUCUGCUUCUCGGCAGUCGCCUGAGAAGGCGGGUCGUGCUUCUUCGUCGACCUACUCACCGUACACGUUCCGCUAUUCUUCGUUCCUGAAGCAGCAAGCGUCCUCUUUGACCGAAGAGGGAGACAGAGAAGGCGAGGAAGCGAAGAGGAGGAAUCCAAGCAAUGAGCCUGAAAUGUCUGGGUCCCCUUGUCUCUCCUUCGCAGAGAAGUCGUCUGCCUCCGAGGGACGCCCGUUCUCUUCUAGGUGUCCAGAGUUGCUGCCCACCUCGGCGUCUCCGGAGAGACAGGCAGAGGACGACGGAAAGCAGGCGACUCGUGUCUCUCCCUCUUUCUCCUCACAGAGUUCUCUCUGUGUCUCGCCUGUGUCGCUGAAUGGCCUGUCGCUGGGGACGCUCGACCGCAGCCGCGUGACCAGGAGCCAGGAGACACUGGAGGAAGGUGAGAACGAGGUGUCUGCGACACGAGAUGUGGGCGCGAGGAACGGUGGACAGGCCGAGAAACGGAGCACUGUGUCCUUGAAUCGGCAAGGACCGUCGGCACCCUCUUCGUCGUCGUUUUGCUCUUCGUACAGCCUCCCGCAGGCAGCCUCCAGAAUUUCUGCGAGCGUCCUUCGGCGGGAAGAACGGUCAAUGCUGUCUGUCGAGAGGAACGGGGAAGACGAAACAGAAAGGCGCCGACAUGAAGAGCAUCGAGAAGUGUCUGUGGUAGGCGGUGGGUCUUCGAGUCUCUCCUCGCAGACACGAGUGAAUGAAAUCGUGUACAGAAGAGAAGGAACAGGGGCUCACGCAAAGCGAGGCAGAGGGGACAGCGAGUGCGUCCUCUCCGGGAAGCGCGACGGUUUUUCUGGACGAGAAACGCUGUCAAGGACUCCGCUCACGUCGCCCAGUGGAGUCGUGGGACAGGAGAGAAGUGUGCUCUCGCGUGCGGGAUGUAAAGAACAAGAGAAAGAAGGAAGAACUUCACAGGCGUCACCUCAUCAACUGCAGAGCCCUCGAAGUCGACAGGCUUGGAAAGAUCGUCUUGCCGCAGCUUGUGCACCGAGAACAUCGGUUCCUCUCGAAGAAGCAGAAGACGACACGGAGGUCGGGUCCCCCUUUCUGAACUCGCUCCGUAGUCAAAGAAACACCCGGAAAGAAGGGGAGUCGUCUUUUUUCUCGUCCUCUGUAUACCGGCGACGCGAAGAAGACGAACGAAGAAGCAAAGGCACCUUGAUCAGGAAGAACGGAGAAGCCGGCAGCGCUGGAUCCUUCAAUGCGAGAGAAUCGGUAAUCUCCCACCUGUCCGCUUUCAAUUCAGCUGAAGACAACUCAGAUUGUGGGAGUGGCGAGAACAGUAGCCUUUCCGGAUUGGGAUCUUCGACAAGGAUCAGCACAGGAAGGGGAAAGUCGUCGCUUUCGGGGCGAUGAGAGCGAAAUCGAGUGACCACUGUUGAGACUGGAUCGCCAAGCCUCUGCAGUAGCGAUGUUUAUGGACGAGCAGGUGUCGGGAAAUAGUAGCCGCGGACAGGUUCGUAGAGUGUUGCAACGUGGGUGGGGGUGUGUGUGAAGAGGAAAAUGAAAACAUGCGGCCUACAGUUGAAAGGACGGAGCCGAAUGCAUAAGCGGUCUCCAUUUGUUUGCAUUUUGUUCUCGUGCUCGGUUCCUUCGGGCACGCGCCCAGGUAUGGCUUGUGGUGCGAUGUCUCGAAUCAAAAACAGCAGUACGAUGGCAGCGGGACAGUAGGUUUGUCGUCCAGAAUCGGACACGAGUCUCCGUGAACAGGGAAAAGUUGUACAAACAAGCAUUCAGGUGAAAACGGUCAGCUGAAUAGUUGCCUUCACACAGUAUUUUUGGAAAAUGGCAUGUCGGUUUUCGACAGGCUAGAAACGUUCUUCAUCGGUGAUACGACUUCUCUUAUACAAUCUCGCUUGGUGGAAUGCUACACUUGCUGCAACCAGGCG